AUGGUUCAUUGGGAUGCCUUGGCUUGUAUUAUGAAGGAGAUGGGUAUACCGAAUAUUUUUACUAAUUGGGUGAUGAAUCUUGUCAAUUCUGUCUGUUAUGUUUUUAAAGUCAAUGGCAGGUAUUCUAAUAACUUGCAAGCCAGGAGAGGAAUUCGUCAGGGAGAUCCCAUAUCUCCGCUCCUAUUUGUUUUGAUGAUUGAAUACCUUAACAGAUGCAUGGUGAGGAUGCAGCGUGAUCCGGGAUUUCAUCAUCAUGCCAAAUGCAAGCCUCUAGCACUUACGAAUCUUGCGUUUGCCGAUGAUAUCCUACUGUUCUGUAGGGGUGAUGCACAAUCUGUCCAAUUUCUAAUGAAUACUUUCCAGAACUUCUCUGCUUCUACAGGUCUCAUAUUCAAUCCUCGAAAGUGUAAAGUAUUUUAUGGAAGUGUUGAUGACGAGAUUCGGGGCCAGAUACAAGCUUUAACAGGUUUUGAUGAAGGAAAAUUCCCUGUUCGGUAUUUGGGAGUUCCCCUCAGCAGCAAGAAGCUAAGUGUGAAUCAUUAUCUUCCCCUUGUUGAUAAGAUUACCUGCAGAAUCCGUCACUGGUCCUCAAAGAUGCUUAGUUACGCUGGUCGUGUCCAAUUAGUCCGCAGUGUGAUUGGUUCCAUUACUCAGUAUUGGAUGCUUAACUUUCCCUUCCCUAAAUCUGUUUUGAAGCAAAUUGAUACUAUUUGCCGUACCUUUGUGUGGACAGGAAAAUCGGAGGCAAGUAGGAAAAGUCCGGUGGCUUGGCAGAAAGUUUGCAGCCCGUGUAAGCAAGGAGGAUUGGGCUUACUAAAUAUCACCGUGUGGAAUCAAGUUACACUUCUUAAAUGCCUUUGGAACAUUUGCAACAAAAGUGAUAGCCUUUGGAUCCGGUGGAUCCAUAAGGUUUAUUUGAAAGGGAAGAAUGUGAUGGAGGUAGAGACGGGGCAGUCCUUGACUUGGAUUAUGAAAAAAGUGCUGAAUUGUAAAUCUAUGAUCGCUAAUAUUGAUUCGGAGUGGCAGCGUAUGAUUUUAAACCGUAAGUUCUCUAUGAAAACUGUGUAUAACUGUUUGAUCGCAGGUAAUUCUGUUUGUUGGCACUCGUUGUUGAGACGUAAUAUUGCUCGGCCUAGAGCUCGAAUUACGUUGUGGAUGUUGUGUCACGGCCAAUUACCUACCAAAGAGCGGUUGUACAGAUUCGGUUUGCUGGAUAACAAGAGGUGCAACCUGUGUGAUCAUGAAGAGGAAACCGUUGAACAUCUCUUUUUCGAUUGCUCUGCUACUAAGAGAUUAUGGACUGCAAUUUUGAACUGGCUUCAUAUUCACCACUGUCCAUUGCCUUGGAGUUUAGAGUUGCCUUGGAUAUUGGAGAACACUAAAGGAAAGGGUUGGAAAGCAAUGUUUUUUAAACUGGCAGUUACGGAAGCUGUCCACGAAAUUUGGCUAUAUCGUAAUGAUUCUAUUUUCAAUAGCAAUACACAUAGGAAUAAUACUGUGGAAAAGAUUAUUGAUUGUAUAGCAUAUAGAGGUUGGGAAAAUAGAAAACUUAGAUUGCAUGUGGCAAAUCUAAUGCUGUAG